CUUGAACCUAUCAAUUUUUUGCUUCAUUAUUGUUAUAAAAUAAUUAACAUAACCAUCAUUAAUUUCCUUAAAGCAACAUAUACGAGAUACAAUAUGGUGUGAAAAAAAUAGGUUAAAAUGAUUAACACAAACUUAAAACACUUUAAUAUAACAAAUCUAAAGACGCUUCUACGGGUAACAAAAGUAUCAAAUAUUAAAAGAACUAUUUAUCAAACAAAAAAACAAAAUCCCUGCCUAUGUGGUCAUGUUUACAGACAGAUAGAUAGAAAAGGAAUUAUACGUUUAUAUUCAGCACAAACGGAUCACCAUAGACAAAAGGUGGUUAUAGAGACGUCAACACCUAAAAUAGUUAUAGAUAAGACAAGGAAUGAAGUGUUACCAGAUGAAAAAAGUAUUGAUAUAAGAUUAUCUACUUUAUGGAAGAAAGUGGAUCCUUAUAUAAGAUUAGCGAGAUGGGACAGACCUAUUGGUGUCUACCUCCUUUAUUGGCCAUGUUCAUGGUCAAUAGCAUUGGCUUCCAUCCCGGGUACAGUACCUCUACAUACAACGUUACAGACCGCAGCCCUGUUUCUAUUGGGUGCGGGUUUAAUGAGGGGUGCUGGAUGUACUAUUAACGAUAUGUGGGACAAAGAUGUGGAUUCUCAAGUAGAACGUACCAAAGAUAGGCCGUUGGUGUCAGGAGUGAUUUCAGACAAACAGGCCGUAGGAUUCCUAGCUGCACAACUCAGUCUAGCCCUAAUUGUAUUAUUACAACUCAAUUGCUACAGUAUUGUGUUGGGGGCCAGCAGUAUGUUGUUAGUGGUAACAUAUCCAUUAAUGAAGAGAAUAACAAACUACCCUCAAAUAUUCCUAGGUGCUACAUUUAAUUGGGGUGCUUUAUUAGGAUAUUCAGCUAUACAGGGUGGUUUAGAACCUCUUAUAUGUCUCCCCCUAUAUACAGGAGCUCUCGCCUGGACUGUUGUAUAUGACACUAUUUAUGCACAUCAGGAUAAAGAAGAUGACGCUCGUAUCGGCAUGAAAUCAACAGCUCUGACAUUUGGGGAGCACACGAAGCCUGCUCUCAGCGGAGCCCUAGGGCUCAGUGUGACGUCACUGGCUGUCGCCGGGGGUGCUGCAGGCCUUGAUAUGCCUUACUACAUAGCACUCGCUAUGUACACAUUACAUGCUGGCAGACAGAUUUACACACUAAACCCAGAUAAUCCUAGUGAUUGCGCCGACAAAUUCAAAUCAAAUUCAAUGGUAGGUUUAAUUAUAUUAUUAGGUAUAAUCGGAGGAGGUUAUAAACAAUAUUUAGAAAAUAGACGGAAAAAUAAAGGCAAGGAAAAUAUUGAAAUAACGAAGAGUUGCAUAUUUAGCUAAUUUUAAGUUACGACCAUUUUAAUACCAGUUUAUUGUAUAUACUUAUCGAACUCUGGACCCUAUUAUUAACUUCCAAGUUUAAUAAAAAUUAUUGUACUUGAUAUUUAAACAAUUACUUAAAAUUAUCAAUAUAGAAAUUUAAUUACCAGU